AUGGGCCGCGAAGACCAAACCGAAGAGCGCGAGGUGCUCGAUUCUAUCUUUCCAGACGAAAUCACAGACGUAUCCGACACCUCAUACCGGAUAUCAAUCACACUAGACGCCCCCGAGAAUGACAACCAGGAAGCCGAACCCCCGGUCCUAGUGCUAGAAGUCUCCUACCCCGAAGAAUACCCCGAUGUCGCCCCGGAAUUAGAGAUUUCAGCUCCUCCAAACGCACCAAAACACCCCCGCCUAGACAUAAACGAGGAUCAUGACCGACUACUCGAAGCCCUUCAGCCGACCAUCGAAGAAAACAUGGGCAUGGCCAUGGUAUUUUCUUUAGUCAGUGCAUUGAAGGAAAGCGCCGAGCUUCUUAUGGCUGAGCGGGUUAAUGCUGUCCAUGCGGAGAUUGAGAUGCAGGCCGCCAAGGCCGAGGAGGAAGAGAAUAGGAAGUUCCAAGGCACUACCGUGAACCGGGAGACUUUCUUAGAGUGGCUUGAGAAAUUCAAGAAGGAGAUGGAGGAGGAAGAGAGGAAGUUGCGUGAGGAGAGGGAGGCAGAAGAGAAGAAAGCUAAUAAGAAGGCUGGCGUGAAAGAGGAGAAAAAGCUUACAGGGAAACAACUUUGGGAACGGGGAUUGGCUGGAAAGGCCGACUUUGAUGAAGAAGAAGAAGAAGAAGACGGUCUUCCGGCCGCUGUGGAAAAAGUGAAAAUAGUAGCAUAG